GCAAACCAGCCUCCUCUUUUUCAUCUAUGCUAUGAGCUAAAACCCUACAUUGGAAAACCUCAGACGCAUGGGAACCGGGGUCCCAACCGCCAAAAGUAGCGUCGCCAUUUGACACGCCGGGAAGCCUUGAAAAUUCGCCGGAAAUCCAAUCACCGCUAGAGAAUCUCAUUGCAAGGGUUUAAGUGGCAAUGGCGGUCAUAUCUGGUAGUCAAGAGAAGCCUCACAAAUCCCAUCGAUCUCGUCAGUCGGGUGCCUCCGCCAAGAAAAAGGAAAAAGCGGAUAAGAAGAAGCGGGACAUCACUGAGGAGAAGAAACAGAAUCCUAAGGCAUUUGCGUUCAACUCAUCUGUAAAGGCCAAGCGAUUGCAAGCGCGUGCUGUAGAGAAAGAGCAGCGCAGACUUCAUAUCCCGACUAUUGAUCGUUCGACUGGAGAACCAGCUCCAUAUGUAGUUGUCGUACAUGGGCCCCCAAAGGUGGGGAAGUCUCUUUUGAUAAAGUCUCUUGUAAAGCAUUAUACAAAGCAAAACUUACCUGAGGUUCGAGGUCCAAUUACAAUUGUGUCAGGUAAGCAAAGGCGGCUACAGUUUGUGGAGUGCCCCAAUGAUAUUACUGGGAUGAUUGAUGCCGCAAAAUUUGCUGAUCUGGCGCUCCUACUUAUUGAUGGAAGUUAUGGGUUUGAAAUGGAGACUUUUGAAUUCCUUAAUAUUUUGCAAGUCCAUGGAUUCCCAAAAGUUAUGGGAGUUCUUACACAUCUAGAUAAGUUUAAGGAUGUAAAAAAACUGAAGAAUACUAAGCAACGCCUCAAGCAUCGGUUCUGGACUGAAAUAUAUGAUGGAGCUAAGCUAUUCUAUUUAUCUGGCCUUAUUCAUGGGAAGUAUCCGAAACGAGAAAUUCACAACCUUGCGAGAUUCAUCUCAGUCAUGAAAUUUCAUCCUUUAUCGUGGAGGGCUUCACAUCCUUAUGUAUUGGUAGAUCGUUUUGAAGAUGUUACCCCUCCAGAAAGGGUGCACAUGAACAAAAAAUGUGAUAGAAAUGUAACAUUAUAUGGUUACUUGAGAGGUUGUAAUAUGAAGAAAGGCACCAAGGUGCAUAUUGCUGGUGUAGGUGAUUGCAGCCUAGCUGGUGUGACAUGCUUGGCUGAUCCUUGUCCUUUACCAUCAGCUGCUAAAAAAAAGGGACUACGUGAGAAAGAGAAACUUUUCUAUGCACCUAUGUCUGGGCUUGGGGAUCUUCUUUAUGAUAAGGAUGCUGUCUACAUUAACAUUAAUGAUCACCUGGUUCAGUUUUCCAAUGUUGAUGAAAAUGGAGUGGCACGAAAAGGAAAGGAACGUGAUGUAGGUGAAGUUUUGGUGAAAUCGCUUCAGAAAACAAAAUACUCGAUCGAUGAAAAGCUAGAAAACAGCUUCAUUUCUCUUUUCAGUAGGAAACCUCCUACAUCAGAAGGUGGCAAUGUAAGAGAUGCUCCUCUGGAGGGGCGUGAUGAGGCCAUGGAGCAUAUGGCUGGAUCACAGUCGUCAGAAGAAAGUGAAUCUGGAGAAGAAAAUGAAGCCAAUUGGAUUAAUGAAGAAAGUAAUGCUGGAAAUCAGGAUAGUUCUGAAUCUUCAGAGCAAGAUGAAACUAGCAAAAGAGAGCCAGUUAUGGAUAGUGAAGAUGAUUCUGAUGGAGAAAGUGAUAAUGCAUGGGAAGAAAAUGGAGACGAAGAACAUCGGAAAUAUUUAAAAUCUGAUUUAAAAGAACAAAUUGAGUUUCACAAUGGAAGGAUAAGGAGAAAAGCUGUCUCGGCAAGUGGCAAUGAUCAAAGUGAUGACAAGGAUUCUGAUGACGAGGAUGAAGAUGAGGAUAAUGAAGAUGAUACAGAUAGUCAAUCAUCUGCAGAAUCGGACUUUUUGGAGGAAGGCAAAGAAGAUGACAUUUCAGGAGAUGAUGAGAUGGGAAAUGCUUCUAAGUGGAAAGAGUCAUUGAUGGAACGAACUGUAUUGAGACAGACUACUAAUCUUAUGCAACUUGUGUAUGGUAAAUCUACAUUGAAGUCAACAACCUCUGUUGCUGAGGAACAGGGUGAUGGUGAGGAUGAAUUAAGCGAGGAUGAUGACUUCUUUAAGCCAAAAGGAGAAGGCAAAAAGAAACUUAGUGAAGAAUUGGAUGGUGAUAAUGUCAAUGUGGAGGAUUGUUCCAAACUCACAAAUCAUACAAAACUCAAAAAAUGGAAAGACCAAGAGCUUAUCGAAAGCAUUCGUGAUCGUUUUGUCACUGGAGAUUGGUCAAAAGCUGCUCGCAGAGGUCAGGAUUCAGAUGCUAACGGUGAAAAUGAUAAUGAUGAUGAUGCUGUUUAUGGUGAGUUUGAAGAUUUGGAAACGGGAGAGAAGUUUGAAGGCCAUGAUACAAUGCAAAAAGAAGAUGAUGCGGAAAUUGAGGAUCGGAGACUUAAAAAGCUUGCACUUCGUGCAAAAUUUGAUGCUGAAUAUGAUGGAUCUGGGCAAUCAGAUGAAGAAAACGAUGAAAAUAAUGAGACCAAGUUCCACCGAAAUCAAGACAAGGAUGGUGGAUAUUUUGACAAGUUGAAAGAGGAGAUUGAACUUCAGAAACAAAUGAAUAUGGCUGAACUUAAUGAUCUUGAUGAGGCUACUCGAUUGGAUAUAGAGGGUUUUAGGACAGGGACUUAUCUGAGGUUAGAGAUUCAUGAUGUUCCUUAUGAGAUGGUUGAACAUUUUGAUCCCUACCAUCCUAUUCUGGUUGGAGGCAUAGGUCUUGGGGAGGAAAGUGUUGGAUGUAUGCAGGUCAGAUUAAAGCGGCAUAGAUGGCACAAGAAAGUAUUGAAAACUAGAGAUCCAAUCAUUGUUUCAAUUGGUUGGAGGCGUUACCAGACUACACCUAUUUAUGCUAUUGAAGACAAGAAUGGACGGCAUCGUAUGCUCAAAUACACUCCUGAACAUAUGCACUGCCUUGCAAUGUUUUGGGGUCCUCUGGCACCUCCUAACACUGGAAUAGUAGCUGUCCAGAAUGUUUCGAACAAUCAAGCAGCUUUUAGGAUCACAGCAACUGCAGUUGUACUAGAGUUCAACCAUGCAGCACAGAUAGUGAAAAAGAUUAAGCUGGUUGGUUACCCAUGUAAGAUCUUUAAGAAGACAGCAUUUAUCAAGGACAUGUUUACAUCAGAUCUAGAAAUUGCUAGGUUUGAAGGUGCAGCAGUUCGUACUGUAAGUGGGAUCCGUGGACAAGUUAAGAAGGCUGCAAAAGAUGAGCUUGGUAACAAACCCAAAAAGAAAGGAGGGCAGCCUAGAGAAGGGAUUGCCAGAUGCACGUUUGAAGACCGGAUUCUUAUGAGUGAUAUUGUUUUCUUGCGUGCAUGGACUCAAGUAGAAGUUUCGCGUUUCUUCAAUCCAUUGACUACUGCCCUGCAGCCUCGUGACAAGACCUGGCAAGGCAUGAAAACAGUUGCUGAGCUGAGAAGAGAACACAAUCUUCCUAUUCCUGUCAACAAGGACUCGCUCUACAAGCCAAUUGAAAGGAAGCCAAGGAAGUUCAAUCCGUUGGUAAUUCCAAAAUCUCUGCGAGCAUCUCUGCCUUUUGCUUCAAAGCCCAAGGACAUACCUAGUCGAAAGCGUCCAUCACUUGAAAGCCGAAGGGCUGUGGUAAUGGAGCCUCAUGAGUGCAAAGUACAUGCUCUUGUCCAACACCUUCAGUUGAUCAGAAAUGAGAAGAUGAAAAAGAGAAAACUCAAGGAACAGGAGAGGAGGAAGGCACAUGAAGCCGAGAAGGCCCAGAAUGAGCAGCUGUCCAAGAAGAGGCAAAGAGAAGAGCGACGAGAGAGGUAUCGGGAAGAAGCGAAGCUGAAGAAGAGAACCCGAAGAAGUCUGGAAGAAUAAUGCUGCUGCACAUUCCGCUGAUUAAGAAACACUGUUCUUUUGGGUUCAAGCCUUUGCAUCUUUGCCCCUUCCCGGCCACAGGCAAAUCAGGUGGUUGGUGUCAUGCCCAACUCCACAAUUCUCGCUGUUGUGCAGGGCCUACUCUCUGUAAUCACAAUCCAUGCAUGCUCGGGUUUGAGUUCUGAUUCAAGCAGAAACGAUACUUGGUUGCAUUCCAACGGGAGAUAUAUAUCAUGAUUUAUUUCAUGGAGGAUUAACUACUAACAAAGACUAAUUUUAUGCUACGAACCAACAUGUUAUAUACAAACGUUGCCCGCCAGGAUGAUGAUGUAUUCAUAUAUACAUUGAAAAGUUUUGGUUUGAUGUAUUCAUGAUUCUAAUCGUCAAUAUAUAACUAGCAUACUAGCACUGUA